AUGUUAGAUCUGCUUCAGAUCAGCGGGGGCCCAGGCCCGGUCCAAGACAUUUGGUCAGCGGGGGCCCAGGCCCGGUCCAAGACAUUUGAGAACAACCCCCCAGAGAACAACCCCCCAGAGACAAUCCCCAGAGAACAACCCCCAGAGAACAACCCUCCCAGAGAACAACCCUCCCAGAGAACAACCCCCCAGAGAACACCCCCCAGAGAACAACCCCCCAGAGAACAACCCCCCAGAGAACAACCCCCAGAGAACAACCCCCAGAGAACACCCCCCAGAGAACAACCCCCAGAGAACAACCCCCAGAGAACCCCCCCAGAGAACAACCCCCCAGAGAACACCCCCAGAGAACACCCCCAGAGAACACCCCCCAGAGAACAACCCCCAGAGAACAACCCCCAGAGAACAACCCCCAGAGAACCCCCCAGAGAACAACCCCCAGAGAACAACCCCCAGAGAACACCCCCAGAGAACACCCCCCAGAGAACACCCCACCCAGAGAACCCAGAGAACAACCCCCAGAGAACACCCCCCAGAGAACACCCCCACCCCCCAGAGAACACCCCCCAGAGAACACCCCCCCCAGAGAACAACCCCCAGAGAACAACCCCCAGAGAACAACCCCCAGAGAACACCCCCAGAGAACAACCCCCAGAGAACAACCCCCAGAGAACAACCCCCAGAGAACAACCCCCCAGAGAACACCCCCCAGAGAACAACCCCCAGAGAACAACCCCCAGAGAACAAUCCCCCAGAGAACAAUCCCCCAGAGAACAACCCCCAGAGAACACCCCCAGAGAACAACCCCCAGAGAACACCCCCCAGAGAACACCCCCAGAGAACACCCCCAGAGAACAACCCCCAGAGAACAACCCCGCAGAGAACAACCCCCGCAGAGAACAACCCCCGCAGAGAACAACCCCCGCAGAGAACAACCCCUCAGAGAACAACCCUCAGAGAACACCCCCCCAGAGAACAACCCCCGGGUCUACUGCAACACCACCACAGUGUAAAACAGUAGAGGCUGACAUCGGCAACAACAAGGCUGUUCUGAUCAGCUCCUGA